CCCAACCAGCAGCACAAUCCUAACUAAUCCUGCCCUCUCUCCUCCGUCGGCACAGGCAAAAUCGUCACGGGCAUGGACUGGGGCCUGACCUCGGCGGGCGGCAUCUUCAGCCCGGACGCGCUGUACACGCUGCAGACGGACGACAAUGCGACGGUGCUCGUGUUCGAGCGCGGCCACGCACCGGACGUGCAGGUCCUGUUCGAGACGGCCAGCGACAAGUACGCGUGGCUGAACCGCGCGGUCGCGUACGCCAGCGGCGCGCCGACGGCCGAUGGCAUCGCGCUCGAUGUGUGGCAGGUGAGUCUCGUCUUUGUCAGCCUAUGAUUCAUUGCUGGGGUCUUUCCGCGUCUGGGGUUCCGUGGCCCUGUUGGGUUGUGUUUGCUGCCCCUGAAG